CCCCACACAUGGCUGAUGUCCCUAAAGCCGGAUCCCGAUCCGCCGCAGCCCCGGGAGGCUGGCGGAGAUUCGUGGGGGCUCCGAGGGACUCAGGGAGGUGUUCCCGGCGCGGUCCCGCCCCGAGCUCGAAGCGCUUCCGGGGCAGCGCCGGGGCCGAGACGGGGCGGAGGCGGCGGCGGCUCGAUCAUGGCUGAGGUGGAGGAAACACUGAAGCGAAUCCAGAGCCAGAAGGGAGUGCAGGGAAUCAUCGUGGUUAAUUCGGAAGGUAUUCCCAUCAAGAGCACCAUAGACAACUCCACCACCAUUCAGUACGCCGGCCUCAUGCACAGCUUCAUCAUGAAGGCCAGGAGCACCGUGCGGGACAUCGAUCCCCAGAACGACCUCACAUUCCUGCGGAUCCGCUCCAAGAAGAACGAAAUCAUGGUUGCUCCAGAUAAAGACUAUUUCCUGAUUGUCAUCCAGAAUCCAACUGAAUGAUUACACUGACUCAGUCUGGUUUUUUCCCUUUGCCCAACUGUUUUAUUUUUUAUUUAAUGGUAAAGAAUAGAGCAUUAGUGUUAACUGUGCUGCGUGUCUUCAGCAAGGUUUGGAAAAAUAAAAGCAGGUGGUUUUGUUGUCUUCAAACAGAAAAAAUGGCGCUUUUUGUAUCACAAGUUUUGAGAGGGAGUUGGUGAGUUGGAAUUGGGCAGUAAAAAUGCAACAGAUUCUUUUAAUAGCUAAGAAGAUAAUAAAAUUCUAAUAAUAACCAAAAAAAUACUAUUCUCUGUAUGCUUCUGUGCUUCUUUCACCACUGAGCUCUGCUUUUACACUCUUAGUUUUGAAUGGCUGUAAAUAUGACUCUGCCUGUCCGCUAGUUCUGUCUUACUCUGUUGGUUUUACUUCAGAAAAGUCUGUCCAUAACAAAUUAAAAAGUGUCACCAGUGA